AUGAUUACCAAUAUCCGGACAAAGAAUAGUUGGUUUAACUACACAUGCACCCUUGGUAAAUGCAGAAAGGGUGUCACUCCUAACCAAAAGGGAUCAUUUUGGUGUGAGUCAUGUAGCACCGAGGUCAGCUACCCACGUCCAAGGUACAGAAUCCAGGCGGAUAUUACCGAUGGAACUGCUGAUGUCGUCGUCGUGCUAUUCGACGAGACAACUGAGAAGUUAGAUGAUUCUGGCGAUAGCUAUGUGAUGCCUCCUGUGUUACAACAACUUAUUGGGACGUCUCAUAUAUUUGAAAUCAAAAGCCACACAUAUUAUCAAGUUGCUGAUUACGAGAGUUUUAACUGUUCUCAAGUUGUCGCUGAGCUUUAUGAACCAGCAAUCAAGAAGGAGGAUAAGAAAUCAAUUUCAUCUGGUAAUGAGUCGGUGGGAUCUACAUUAGCAAAGUCAAAUGUAACUCAGAGCCCGGUUGACAACAGUGAUGCCGAGGCUACAGCUGUGGUUAUGAAGUCCGAUUAA